AUGAAAUUUGCACACAUUACUAUACUUUCUCUUCUCGUUUUGACUGUUUGUGCUGUUGCCAAACCGCGUGCAACAAUAGUAGACUAUGUACCGGCUCGCGAAGUUUUGCCUUUACCGGUCUCUGUUGAAACAGUCGAUGGCAAGCCUGGUGAAUACAUUGUAAAAAGCUCGUUGUAUGGCAGCGGAUUUGAAAAUUACAGUAGUGUUAAGACCAAACUUACAUGCGAACCCGGUGUGAAAGUUAUACAGUAUCCUGUAACGCUUUCGCUCGAUCAAAUUGACUCUUUUAGGACUAACUAUAGAUUGCAAGUUCCUGCCGACAAGAAGAUAGUAACUUGUGUUAGAAAUGUGACUGACUCGGAAGGUUCUAGGACUAUUUCAUUUAGUUUUAAUCCGACGCACUAA